UGAGUCGGCAGCGGACGGGCUCACCCAAGGCUUCUGAGAAAGGGUGGCCGCCGUGGAUGCCCUGAUGAUGACCUCCACGCCCAACACAUACUUCAUACGCAACCGGAGCACUAACAAGCCGACGCAACCUGGCUCCAGUGUCGCGACAGUCUCGCUUUUGGCUCACAACUCGGACUCCCUGGCAAUGGACAAAGAUCUGUUACACUCAGGGGCAUAAUCGGGCUAACUUGGAAUGGCACUGUCUUCCAACAGCUCAUGUCGGGUCGAUUGAACAUACCAUGAUGUAUCAUGGCGGCCAGUUGGUUCGAGAGUCCGAGGCCUCCUUCCACCUUGAGAGGCGUGACUUUACAUCUGGCAAAGGCCUUGCUGGCAAUUGUGGUUGCCGCUGUUGGAACACUAGGACGGUGGACCUCGCGACAUCCUAUCCUAUCCUAUGAGAUGGGGCUAUCAAUUGAGGAAUGGCCGAAUAGCAGCCUAUUUUGUCAGAGACUGUAUCAAGCUAUCGCCUUCCACCCCGUCUGGCUGAAAUCUAUCCGACUUGUUAACAGCAUGAUGCAAUUUAGAAUUGCCAUGAGAGCGAUACGAAACUCUGCAUUGAGUUGCGGCUAGUUUCGCUAGGUGUGUGUGAUCUGACAACUAUGCCAACAUAUCAUGGUGAGAAAGGAGACGGGAGCACUCAGAGUUUGAUUUAUCCCAGCCAACUUAGCAAGGGACGCAAAAGGCACAUCGUCUCCUAUUUCAGGUGCAAAGGACAUAGAAGAAGAUACGGGAGCCAGGUCAUAGGAGUUAUCGUACAAUGCAAACUUGUCGUUGGUAGAAGUGUGAAAA